CCGGACGCCACCUCAGGCAACGCUUGACGCAGGUACCGUUCCUUGAAAAUGAUUCUCUGGCACUGGUUAUUGGUGACAUCCAGCAUGAAGAUUUCUGCCUUUGGUCCCUUUCAACCUGUUUGCAGUGAGAAUUGGAUUAGAGGCUGGUACAAGACCUCAAGCUCGUCCAGAGCAGAUUCACGAGCGCGGUUGUUAGUCCUUUCUCUUGUGAACGGUGACAUGGCCUCCCUUCCCACACGUUAGAUCUGUCGACGUCUCCCCCUUGAUCCUAUAUCGAAAAAUGACACCGAAAUGACACUGUGGCCUUGUUCCUUUUUCUCGGCAGGUGCAAUUCCAAGUAUAAAGCUAUCCGUUGGUUGUGGCGGUAUCCUUUCAUCCCCUCCCUUCGCCUCCCUUCGUUUUUUGCCAUGUUUCGCCUUCUCAUCCUUGCUCUGUCCAGUACACUCAUUUGUGCCAAGAAUGCUAAACGUGGUCUCUCCUUUGCUUCGGUCGAUAACACAGCAGACGUAUUAAACUUCAAUCAAACUGCCAGCGAGAUUUCGUGGAUUUACGACUGGGGUACUCCCGUUCCGCCUUAUCUUGCAUCAUCUGGAGUCGAGUAUAUUCCAAUGCAAUGGGGCGCCGGGAAUAUUGAGAACCUCUCGACCACCGUGAAAGCACAGGGUUCCAAGGUCAUCCUGGGUUUCAACGAACCGGAUUUCAAGGAGCAGUCGAACAUCGAUCCUAACUUUGCUGCUCAACUGUGGAUGAAAUAUAUUGAGCCGCUCAAGGCCUCGGGUGUUCGGCUGGGUGGACCCGCAGUUUCCAGCGGGGGAAGUGGGAUUCCUUGGAUGACAUCUUUCCUCGCCGCCUGUUCAAACUGCACGAUUGAUUUCAUUCCUGUGCAUUGGUACGGUACUGGCGUGGCUGGUUUCUACGAUUAUCUGUGGCAGAUGCACAAUAAAUCCGGGAACAAAACGCUAUGGAUUACGGAGUACGCAAACACUUCGCUUAAUCAAACCGAGGUGGAUGAAUUUUUAAACCAAACCACAACUUAUCUCGAUGGUCUGGAUUGGGUUGAACGUUACGCAUGGUUCGGUUACUUCAGACCCGCGAAUGGUUCUGCAUACAACUUUAUGAAUGCAGAUGGAGGCCUGAAUGACUUGGGGAAGCACUAUAUCGGCGCAGAUACGGUAGUACGGAGUGGUCCAUCUACCGCCACACAGGCUUCUAAUGGUGGAGGUAAUCCCACUAAAAGUUUACCGACUGUCUCCGCCGGAGCUGGCCGCCAACCGACGUUUUUACCCGCCAACAAUCAUGCACUGGCUCGCUGGAAAUUUUCUAUCAGUGGACUUGUCGGUGCUUUCCUUGUCGCCAUCGCAAGCAUAUGA